GACGCCGUUAUCACUGGGAAUUCCCGUAACGAAUUCAUCUUUCAGUGUGCUACGCUAGUUCUACCGCAGGAAUGAUUGCUCAGUUUCAAUCCAUCAUUCGAGGAAGAAACACAGUUUUCGAGCAUUGAGUACCACAAUGUGCUGGGUACGCGCCGUAUCACUAAUCAGUGUGAUUUUCUUCACAUGUGGUAGUGUUGCAGCUGUUGGGGGCAAUAAUUAUUGGUAUACGGAAGAGCAGCCUGUUGCGACCACCAAACCUUCUUUCCAUGUGAACGGAUACAACAUCUACGGAAGUCAGCCAGCCAACGGUGGUCUGCCAGCCACAACCUACACACAAGGUCACACAACCUACACAAGAGACACAAACUUCGGAGGUCAGUCAGCCAACGGAGGUCUGCCAGCCAACGGAGGUCUGCUAGCCAACGGAGGUCUGCCAGCCAACGGAGGUCUGCCAGCCAACAGAGGGCAGCUGCCGUACGGAACUCCAACCCAUAUAGGUCAGACAAUCUACAGAAGUCAGCCAAAUUACGGAGGUCAGCAACGCUACAACGCAAGACCACGACAGCUAGAAUACAAAUGCAUUGAGGGUAAUCUGCAGUACGACUGUGUGUUCUACGAUGUGCACAUUGACAUGCAAACGCAAGACGUAUACUUUGGCUUUGAGGAUAUAACACUAAACAACCAGAAGAUUGUUACCUUCAAAAACUCUACCAUGCGCAAACUGCCCGCUGCUUUACUCGCCUCCUUCCGCCAGGUUGAGCUGCUCAAUCUGAAUGACCUGCAGAUAGAGGAGAUCGAUACGAACGCGUUCGCUUACGCGCACACAAUUCAGAAGCUGUACAUGGGAUUCAAUGCGAUUCGAUAUUUGCCACCGUACGUGUUUCAGAACGUCCCACUGCUCACGGUGCUUGUGCUGGAACGGAACGAUUUAACCAGCCUGCCACGCGGAAUCUUCCACAACACACCCAAGCUCAGCAUGCUGUCGAUGUCAAACAACAACCUGGAGCGCAUCGAAGACGACACUUUCCAAGCGACUACAGCGCUUCAAAAUCUGCAACUGUCCAGCAACAGGCUUACGCAUGUUGACCUUUCUCUCAUUCCCAGUCUCUUCCACGUCAACGUCAGUUACAACCUGCUCUCUACGCUUGCCAUACCGAUCGCGGUCGAAGAGCUAGACGCAUCGCACAAUAGCAUCAACGCCGUACGCGGGCCCGUCAACGUGGAGUUGACCAUUCUGAAGCUGCAACACAACAACUUGACUGACACUGCCUGGCUGCUGAACUAUCCCGGACUGGUUGACGUGGAUCUUUCCUACAACCAGUUGGAGAAGAUAACUUACCAACACUUUGUCAAAAUGCAGCGCUUGGAGCGACUGUACGUCUCCAACAACCACCUUGUGGCGCUCAAUCUUUACGGUCAACCCAUCCCAACGCUCAAAGUGCUCGAUCUGUCGCACAACCAUCUGCUGCACGUGGAACGUAACCAGCCGCAGUUUGAUAGGGUGGAGUACCUUUACCUUGACCACAACUCCAUCGUGACGCUUAAGCUUAGCACCAGUCAUACGCUAAAGAAUCUUACACUAUCGCAUAAUGACUGGGAUUGUAACAGUUUACGUGCACUUUUCAGAAACGUAGCCCAUCCUGCAGUACACGAUGCUGACCAGCACUGCAAGAUCGACUACCAACUCGAGCAGGGUCUCUGCUGCAAAGAAAGUGACAAGCCGUAUCUGGACCGGCUAUUACAGUACAUUGCCCUGACGAGCGUGGUGGAGAAGUUGCAGCGUGCACAAGGACGCUGCAGUGCCACAGAUACCAUCAACAGCGUGCAAAGUCUGUCCCACUACAUCACACAGCAGGGUGAUGUGCCACUGCAGGGUAACGAACAGCUCGAGGCCGAAGUCAACGAGCUGAGGGCUGAGGUGCAGCAGCUAACCAACGAGCAGAUACAACAGGAGCAGCUGCUGCAGGGGCUACACGCCGAGAUCGAUACCAAUCUGCGACGGUACCGCCUGCCGAAGGAUGGACUAGCGCGCUCGAGCGAUAAUCUAAAUAAAGUGUUCACCCAUCUGAAGGAGCGGCACGCGUUUAAGUUGCGCGAAACGCAGGCACGCCGCACGGAGGCGGAUGCUAAGCAGAAGGAAACGGAGGACCUGGAACAGGAAAACAUUGCGCUCGAGAAGCAGUUGGAUAAUAAGAAGGCAAAGCAGGCUGAGUUGAGACAGGAGACGUCGCAGAAGCGCCAAAAAGUGAAGCAAUUAGAGGCCAAGAAGAACCGCAAUCCAGAUACGCGUCGCGUUACAAAGUAGUAUGCAGAGCACCUGUGUGUGUAUGAUGUUACUUGGGCCAAGCAUGUAACGGAAAUAUUCUAAAUUUCGAAUGCUAUUUUUACAAAAUAAAAAGACAUAACUUUU